AUGGAAGGAAUCGAACAAGUCUCCGUGACGAAACAGAGGCGAAGAGCCCACAAAAGCCGGUGUCUAACUGUUGCCAGCAUGCUUCUCGGCGUACUGCUGCUGAUAUCCAUCGUCGUUCUCAUCCUCGCCUUCACUGUCUUCAAAGCCAAGCAGCCUAAAACCAAGCUCGUUUCAGCAGCACUUGAUGGAGUCUCCCCUCGCAUCUCGUUCCCUGUUGUUAAUAUUCAACUGAACGUCACGCUCGACCUCCAACUCCUUGUUGAAAACCCAAACCAUGCCAGCUUCAAGCACGGCCAGGGAAAGAGUGUCCUUUCGUAUCGGGGUGAUCAAUUCGGGGAGGCCGACAUCCCGCCGGGUAACAUACCCGCCAGGGGCUCAGCUACGUUUUCCAGCAGGCUUGUACUCCAGCUUGAUGAGAUGGCGUCCAAUAUAAGAGCUUUGAUCGACGAUGUAUUGGACGGUGAACUGGUCGUGGAUACUCGAACACGGAUUCCGGGCAGAGUUACGUUCCUGAAGGUUUUCAAGAAGCAUGCGGUUGUUACAUCCGAAUGCCAAUUCACCAUAGAGGUUUUAGCCCUCAAGCUCCAAAGCCAGAAGUGCAAGAGUAAGUCAAAGCUGUAA